AUGACAACAACCGACUCUUUGACACAAUCAAUGAUGGAAGUUCCUGCUAUGGAUGACUCCAUGGAGAUGGCCUCGCCCUACUUGGGACAGGCUGAUGACUUUGACAUUGACAUUGACCUUAUGGAGGACCACGCCUCCAAUAUGGACAGCGACAUGAUGGGAGCAGAUGAGUUUUCUCAGCCCCAAGACGCAAAUGACGACGCGAUCCUUGAUGCCGACAUGGCCGAUGAACCUUCGGAAGGCUCUAUGGUGGACGCCGACAAUUUGGUGUCAGAAGACAACGAUAUCGACGUGCAAUCUGAGGAAGAGCCUUUCGAGGCAGAAAUGACUGAGGGUGACCAGGCUGAGAAUGGCGCCCCUGAAGUUCCGAUCAUCGAUGUUUCCGAUUUCCAUCCUGCAACCGAAACGACCAACGGAGAUAGCCUCAACCCUACCGAGGAAGAGCCAGCCUUGGUGGAGCAGCCUUUGCCGGUAGUAACGGAAGAUCUCAGUGCCCAGGCAGAGCCUACGCAGGUUCAAAGUGAAGCUCCGGUGCCCGCUCAACACAAGGUCGAUGAGCAAACCGAGGACAAGGGUCACCAAGUUGAGCCAAGCAUAUCCGAUGAUGAUGAGCUUGCCGGGCCACCAUCUGAAACACUUGACCUCGCUGCAACCCACGAUGAUUUUGAAAAGCAGGAGCCUACCGCGGAGGCUAACGAAACAGUUCAACCUUCUGCUGCGAAAUCGAAUGACUCGCAAGAGCACCUUGCGGACAAUGAGGCACUUGCCUCUGCGGAAAUUGCCCAAGCCCCUGCUAGUACACAGGGAGAGGUGCAGUCUGUACUGGAGGUAAAACAGCAUGGCGCAGGUGACGCUCAAUCUCUUCACCAGGAAACAGCAUCCCAUGAAACCCUUCAUCCUGUGAAGAUCAUCUACCAAGAGAAUGAGAUCGCUCUUUUCCCUCCCCUCGAGGGUGACUCGGCCGAGACCUUUUUCCUUCAUGAUGAAGAUGUGGCCUACGAGAGUGUUGCUCAGUUGUUCAAGGCCUUGCGUCAGGUUCUCCAGGGCAAUGUCGCGGACAAUGAGGUCUUGAUCAUCGAUAUCGACACUCUUGGUAUUCAAAUGACAGAGGACUCUUUCCACACAUCCCAGGUUACCCUGCACCAAGUCGUGGACCUUUAUCUUAGGCUAUGUCGGAACGAUGGAGCCAAUGACCCUGAUGCCCUCUAUCUUACAUUGAGCAGCAAACGUGCCUUCCCAGCUGAAAUUGCGGAUCUGCUAGAUGCUGCCAACGACGGCAAGAGUCUGUCCGAAAUUCAUCCCUGGGAUGAAUAUGACGAGGCUGAACCCGCCUCCGAAGUAGAUCACGGACAUGAACACGAGGCCGAAGAGCAGGAAGAUGAAGCUUACUACACGACUGAAGCUGAGCAGAAACUUUCAGUUGCCGAGGACCAACUAUCUGAAAAGCCCGAAGACGAACAGAUAUCAGCCGCUCCUCCUUCCCCGCCAAGACAGGUGCAAGAUUCUGAGGCUUUUUCAGAGAGCCAUGACUUUUCAGCUCGAGAAGAGCAUGACACAAACGAAUCAGGCGUCGGGGCUGCUGACGAGCCUCGACCACUUUCUGCUCACUCUCACUUGAAUGAGCAAGAUAAGGCCCAGGAAGGCCAAGAUCAAGGCCAAGGCGAUCUUCAUGAAGAAAACGACGAGCAUUACGAAUCAGAGGGCCAGCGCAGCGAGUCUACUGCUACAGUGAAUGCGGCUCCCGGUGAAACUGACGUGGCAGAAGAUGCGCGCGAUGGGCAAACCGAGGAAUUCGACGAAAAUGCCCGCGGAGAAGAUCCUGACUACGAUGAGCUUGGUCCAGACUAUUAUGAAGAUGAAGAACUCGUCAUCGAUCAUCCAGUAGCUUCUCACGAAGCUUCCCGUGAGGGAGAGUCUUCUAGUCACACCGAGGGCGGUGAUGCGGAGCAACAAAUAUCCCAGGCACCCAUCCUUGAUAAACAGGACGAGAAUGAGCCAGAUAAAACGCCAGCGGAUGCAGCCAACUUGGUAGAGCCCUUCCCCAACGAGGAAACUGGAAAGGACGAUGAGCAGACGGCAUCUACACUUGACAGCGAGUUCCAAAACGCCGCUGAAGCCAAGGAGCAGACACCAGAGCCAAGGGAUGACUUGCUUGGAAUUGCAGUAGACCUGAUGCAGACCCCCGCGAAAGACGACGCACAAGAUGCGUUUGAUCACUUCGACGACCUAGACUACGACGAACACGAAAAGGAACUUGCUGCCCCUGCUUCAGUUGGCAGUCAGGAUGCCAACCAAGAAUUCGAUGAGAAUGAGUUUGGCGAUUAUGACACCAAUUUUGAUGACACAGAGGCUGCAGAGCCUGGUGAAACAGGUCCUUCCUUUGCGGAGUCUCAAUCCAACGAUAACGGGACGACCAAACGGUCCCGCGACGAGGAAGAUGACUGGGAUGUUGAGAACACCACUUUGGAUGCCAAACGUCGCCGGCCAUCGUAA